AUGAGGAGUGAGGCUGGCUCCCCGGAGCUGUUGCCCUGGGCCCCGGAUACCGGAGGGCUGCUGGAGGGCUGCUGGAGGACAGCUGGGUGCAAGAGCUUGCCUACGGGCCCGUGCACCGCCUUCCUCCCGGAGUCCAGCUGCGGGAGGCGCUCCGGGCUCGCAGCCCCGCGGGCUCCGCUCGGGCCCCGUGCACCUGCCCGGGAGCUUGGGCGCCGGGAGCACCCGGGCGGCGCGAGGCCAGCACAGCGAGGCGCUGGGGGGCGUGGCCGAGACGAUGGGGGCGGGGCAGUGGGCGUGGCCGAGGGCGGGGGCGGGGCUCAGCCCGCUGCGCCUGCGCCCCGCGCGUCUCCCGCACACCUGUCCGUGUCCGCGAGCGCCGCUGUCAAUAAAGUUCUUGCGCGCCGGAAGCGGAAGCGGAAGCGCCGAGUCUCCAUGGCGGCGGCGGCGGCAGCGGGGCCGGUGCUCUGGAGGCGGCUGCUGGGGCUGCUGCCUGGCCGCCCCGGCCUGGCCGCGCUCCUGGGGCGCCUGUCCGACCGCCUGGGCAGGAACCGGGACCGCCGGCGCAGGAGGUCACCAUGGCUGCUGUUGGCUCCUCUGCUGUCCCCGGCUGUCCCCCAGGUCACCUCCCCUCCUUGCUGCCUGUGUCCAGAGGGUGUGCACAGGUUCCAGUGGAUCCGGAACCUGGUCCCAGAGUUCGGGGUCUCCAGUUCCCACGUCAGGGUGCUUGCUUCCCCGGCAGAGUUUUUUGAGCUUAUGAAGGGCCAGAUCAAAGUGGCCAAGAGACGGGUGGUGAUGGCAUCUCUCUACCUGGGGACAGGUCCUUUGGAACAGGAACUGGUAGAUUGUCUGGAAAGCACUCUGGAAAAGUCACUCCAAGCCAAGUUCCCUUCAGACCUCAAGGUGUCCAUCCUCUUGGACUUCACACGGGGCUCAAGAGGUAGGAAGAACUCCCGCACAAUGCUGCUCCCGCUGUUACAGAGGUUUCCAGAACAGGUCCGCGUCUCUCUCUUCCACACUCCUAACCUCCGUGGUCUCCUCCGGCUCCUGAUCCCUGAGCGCUUCAAUGAGACCAUUGGCCUGCAGCACAUUAAAGUGUACCUCUUUGACAACAAUAUCAUCUUGAGUGGUGCAAACCUGAGCGACUCCUACUUCACCAACCGCCAGGACCGCUACGUGUUCUUGCAGGACUGUCCCGAGAUUGCAGACUUCUUCACGGAGCUGGUGGACGCAGUGGGGGAUGUAUCCCUGCAGUUGCAGGGGGAUGACACAGUGCAGGUGGUGGAGGGGAUGGUGCAUCCUUACAAAGGUGACCGGGCCGCGUACUGCAGGGCGGCCAACAAGAGGGUUAUGGAUGUGAUAAACUCAGCUCGGGCCCGCCAGCAAGUGUUGCACGCCCAGACCUUCCAUGGCGACUCCCUUUUGACUCAGGAGGAUGCGGCAGCUGCUGGGGACCGGAGGCCAGCCCCCGAUACCUGGAUUUACCCGUUGAUCCAGAUGAAGCCCUUUGAGAUCCAGAUUGACGAGAUUGUCACUGAGACCCUGCUGACAGAGGCUGAGCGGGGCGCCAAGGUCUACCUCACCACUGGCUACUUCAAUCUGACCCAGGCCUACAUGGACCUGGUCUUGGGCACGCGGGCUGAGUACCAGAUCCUGCUGGCCUCCCCGGAGGUGAACGGCUUCUUCGGGGCCAAGGGGGUGGCAGGGGCCAUCCCAGCCGCCUAUGUGCACAUUGAGCGGCAGUUCUACAGGGAGGUGUGCAGCCUAGGCCAGCAGGAGCGGGUCCAGCUGCAGGAGUACUGGCGGAGGGGCUGGACAUUCCAUGCCAAAGGCCUCUGGCUGUACCUGGCAGGGAGCAGCCUGCCCUGUCUCACGUUGAUUGGCUCUCCUAAUUUUGGGUACAGGUCAGUUCACCGGGACCUGGAGGCCCAGAUCGCCAUAGUGACGGAGAGCCGGGCCCUGCAGCAGCAACUUCACCAGGAGCAGGAGCAGCUCUACCUACGCUCAGGUGUGGUGUCUUCCUCCACCUUCGAGCAGCCGAGUCGGCAGGUGAAGUUGUGGGUGAAGAUGGUGACUCCGCUGAUUAAGAACUUCUUCUGAGGAUGAACAGGUGCUGCCUUGUGAGGCCACAUGGAUGGCUUUGAUGAAGAUGACGGGCAUGGCUGGCGUCAGCUCCUUCAGCCUGGCUUCGGCGAUGACUCCGGUCUGGGUGUCCCAGCGAGCUCCUGCAGGACGGCACGGCGAGGUCAGCGUGGCCAUGGGGCCCUGCCAGCGGCGAGCCAGGGCCAGCUGGGGGGGGGGACGCCAGGGGCUGGACCUGCGCAGGAGCGGCUUGUGGGGGGGGGGCUGUGGGCAGAGGACCCGGAGAGGGUGCUGGGGCCCCACUGUGUGCCUCUGAGGGACAGCUCUGCCUCAAGCUCUCGGGGACACCGUGUACAUGUGUGGUGUCUUCAGAACCUGUCCGUUAGCCUCCUCAGCCUCAGGGGCAGGAAGCGGUGGUUGCGGCUGAAAGUCACAGGAGGUGUGCAUCGUCCAGCCUGUGUGCACGCGCAGCGCCCGCGAGCAUAUAUGCACGUGCACACGGAUCUUUGAUUUGCCUUUAACCAGACUGCUAUCGUUUUUACUCACCCUGUUAAUGGUGUUUGUGUUUCCUGUCUGUCAUUCCAAAAUAAACACGGGGAGCGGC